GUUGCUCUACUUCUACCAAACCCAUUAUAGGAAAUAUCCAAAUCAGUUUGGAAUGGAAAGGAAGAGUUAUCAGUCUCAAUGAGAACCUUCCUUUCCCUUUCCAGCCUGUGUUUACUUACUCGCUUCCAACUGUGUACAGCUCAAACUUCACUUGAUGCUCUCUACUACCGAGCCCACCCAUGAAUUUUCCAGUGCCCUUCUUCGUUUCACCUGUUCACUUCUCUCGUCACCUUCCCCGUCGUGUAUAUAUAUGUUUAGACUUGUUUAUUGCAAACACAACAACAACCCAGUUUUCAUUGCGGACCAAUAUCAAACAACUUUCAUACUCCCUUCAGCAUCCUCUCUGUGUAUCUCUCAUGGUCAUGGCUGCUCCUUCUUCUUCCUCAUCUUCCUUUACUGUUUCACUACUAUUGGUGUCUGUCUUACUGGGCACCUCUUUAAUGGCUGUCUCUGCUAAUAAUUUCAACCAAGAUUUCACCCUCACUUGGGGGGAUGGUCGUGCCAAGAUACUCAACAAUGGGGAGCUUCUUACUCUGUCUCUUGACAAAACUUCAGGCUCAGGUUUCCAAUCCAAUAACGAAUAUCUGUUUGGAAAGAUUGAUAUGCAGCUCAAGCUCGUCGCUGGCAACUCCGCUGGCACUGUCACUGCCUAUUAUUUAUCUUCAAAGGGAGCAACGUGGGAUGAGAUAGACUUCGAAUUCUUGGGGAACCUGAGUGGAGAUCCUUACAUUCUUCACACAAACGUGUUCAGUCAAGGCAAAGGCAACAGAGAGCAGCAGUUCUAUCUCUGGUUCGACCCAACUGCCGACUUCCACACCUACUCCAUCCUCUGGAAUCCUCAAAGAAUCAUAUUCUCUGUGGAUGGAUCUCCCAUAAGAGAGAUCAAGAACUUAGAGUCAAAGGGGGUUCCUUUCCCAAAGAACCAACCCAUGAGGAUCUAUUCAAGUCUCUGGAAUGCGGAUGACUGGGCUACCAGGGGUGGCCUCGUCAAGACCGACUGGACCCAAGCUCCCUUCACCGCCUCUUACCGUAAUUUCAAUGCCAAUGCCUGUGUUUGGUCUUCUGGGUCGUCUUCUUGCAACUCUAAUUCUCCUUCCACUGCAUCCAGCAACAACUGGUACUCGCAAGAGCUGGAUUCGACGAGCCAACAGAGAUUGAAAUGGGUCCAGAAGAACUAUAUGAUCUACAACUACUGCACCGACACCAAACGCUUUCCUCAAGGCUUUCCUGCUGAAUGCACCGCCACCACUCAAUCUUAAAUCAAUGUAUACAUACACGCAGAGACCCCAUCGUCUACGUCAAGCUACUGCUAUUCAUUCAUUCAUUUCCCCCCUCCCUUCCCCUCCCCUCCCCUCCCCUCCCCCUUUCUGUGUAAUCAAUGUAUAAUACAUUCUGUUAUGCUUGUGAAUUGUCAUUCGAACCACACGAAAUAAUUACGUACUUCUUGUAUUUAAUUUGUUUGAAUUUGACAAAAAUAUUUUGAAGUCA